CCAUGUUGAUUUACUGGUGAUAGCAGCAUGUAGGUUAAAAAAGAAUACGGCAAUUUUCCAGUUUUCCGUUACUUCGUUAACAUGAAUGAAGUAUCAACGGAUAUUUCGGAGCAGGAUUAUUUCACUGGUAUAUGCGUCGAUUGGAACAUUGGAUAUCUACGAAUCUAUCAUUGAAAUAUCAAAAAAUGUGUAGCCACCACACAUGGACAGCAGGAAAGAUUAAAAAAUUAUCGGAAGCAAUUAUUGUUUGCUUACGUGUUUAUAGACAAGACGAACACGUAUGGAGCGUCUACCGUUUCUCACUUGGACAUCCCAUCCUUAGCGAUGCUUGGACGUAGCCGGGUACAACCUUGAUCAACGAGAUUCGCCUUGUGCGACGUUCUUAUCUGGCCAGCUUAUCUAAAAUUCAAUAAGACUCAAAGGAUAAAUAAUAUCACCGCGACGUUUAAGUUGCAUCGAGUUCACAAGCAGAAACUUGAGUACCUAAUCCACUAUAGAAAGUUUCUCACAGGACUACAAGAACAAAAUGGAAACGUUUGAGACAUAUGACGAGUCUAUGGUUACUGCAGCGAAUUAUCAGUGUGAUAUUGUUCAAACCGUGAACAAUCAGACGCCCAAGGAAGAGAUAGAAGUACGGAGUAGAGAGAAUCACGACACAUUGACGUUGCAACAGCAACAUACGGAGCAGAUACAUCAAGUGACGCAAAUUGAGUCGAAUAUUCAAGAGAAAACUACGGUUCGAUUGCCAGCUUUAUUGGAUGGAGAGUACUUCCAGGUGAUCAGAGUAGAAGACACUAACGUUACGGUACGUUGUCAGCAGUGUAUGAAAUUGCUCAACGGCAAUCUGAAGUCCACCGGGAAUUUUCUUAGUCAUGUAAAGCGAUUGCAUCCAACUUUGAUGUGCAAAAUAAGGUGCAAAUCUAGUCAGAGGAAACCCGCAAUAUAUGUCAACUCGGUAUUACCUGAUAAAUGUUCCGAAAUUGUACCAGGAAAGCGUGUAGCAAUACAAAAUAAGAAGCGAUGUAAAACGCAGGAGGAAUGUAUGGCCGAAAAGAACGAGUCUUACGAACAACAUGCGGAUUGGAACGACACAUCGUUGAUCCGGGGUUCCGACGAGUCAGAAUCGGCGGAUCCAUCCCUAAGAAUAUCGCAUAAUAAUUCAUUCAUAAUGGAGGACGAGUACGAUGCAAUCGGUCGCAAUGUUGCCGCCAAGCUCAGGAAUAUGAGACUGGACCAAAGAAUAAUAGCUGAAAAAUUGUUGAACGACAUUUUAUUUGAGGCUCAACUCGGUAAUCUUCACAGAGAUUCGAGUAUUCACGUGUGAGAAUAAAAUGUAUAAUGACCUGUGUUAAGUCGAUAUCUUCUAGUAAACAUCGCGAAAGAACGAACCCGAUUUGAAAAGCAACGUGAUGCGAUUAAUAUAGUUAUCUGAUUAAUUAUAUAACGCGCAUGUUGGUAUGUGUGUGUGCAUAAAGAUUGCGCGUAAAGAUUGUAGAUGAAUGGAUUUUCGUCAAUAAUAUUAGUGUUAUUGAAAGACAUAUAUUUUAUACUUUGUGAUAUCUUUAGGUGCGUCUAGACUAUCGAGCCGAAACGCGAGCCGAACCUCGAGCCGAGCCGCGAGCCGAAUUCAAUUCAAUUCACUUAUUUAAUGGCACUGAAUCCCAGGAACUGGGAAAUUAUACGGCCAGAACGAAAUUUCAAAGAGUAGAUUCUAUGUUCAAGCGAGUAAUCUUACAUGCUCUUAAUCAAGCAAACGAAGUUACUCUACCAAGUAAUCCUUAAGCGGACGAGUUCAUUAUACCAAAUUGAAUUGAAAAUAUGUGGGGAGCAGGCGGAUUCGAACCCGGAUCCUCAGAUCACGAGUCCGAUGCCUAACGUGCGGAGCCACACGACUCCCCAGCCGCGA